UCCGGUUCCGGUUCUGUUUCCGGUUCCGGCCCCGGCGGCUUGUGUUCCUGGUGGUCGGGCGUCCCGGCUGGUGCGUUGUAACCGGCAAGAUGCUGCGGAGUCUGCUGGCUCUCCGACAGCUUUCUCAGAGGACCAUCAGCACUGCUGCACGCAGGCAUUUUGAAAAUAAAGUUCCACAGAAACAGAAGCUUUUUCAGGAGGACAAUGGAAUUCCAGUGCAUCUAAAGGGUGGGGUAGCUGAUGCCCUCUUGUAUAGAGCCACUAUGAUUCUCACAGUGGGUGGAACGGUGUAUGCCAUAUACCAGCUGGCUAUGGCAUCGUUUCCCAAGAAGCCGGAAUGAUUUCAGGCAGUUCAGUAAUUACGUGGCUCAGUUCCAGUUGGCUGUCUGGAUCAGUAAUAUGAUAAAUAACUGAGCUUUUCGUUGGGGAUCAAUAUUUAUCGACUUGUACUAAUUGUCACCAAUAAAGCAGUCUUUACGAGUU